AUGAAUUCACCGCCUCCACCAUCAGAUGAUGGGCGACUGUUGUCAAGCAACGAGCCGUUCCCAGUUCACCCAUUCGAAGGCUCGCUUGAGUGGGUGGAAGACAUGCAGGAAGACUUACGAGAUGCACGAGAAGAUCUUGUUGGUUCCCGUUUUAGGCUCCGGACUAAACGUCAAGAGCUACGCGCAACAGGAGAGAAAGCAUUUGUAGCAAUGGGUCGAGCUUUUGAUCUGAUGCGACGACGUUUUUUGAUUGAACAGCUCAACGUGCCUGAAGACAUAAUAUCCGCGUGGUUGCAAGUUGACAAGAUAAGGAACGCCCUUGGAGAGCAAGACGUUGAAUAUGAGCAGGCAGAGAAUGAUUACAACAUGGAGGAAUGGCAGUAUACAGAGAUGGAGGGCCGGUUCGUCCAAAGCGUCCAGAGAUGUAGAACGACGCACGUCAAUUCUCACGAUCCGCCUUCUAUACCAGCUAGUCUGUCCGAAAGACCCACGCAAAUCCCGUUCUUCCAACCCCCAGACUCUAUUAUCAAGGACAGCCUCGCUAUUGAGCUAGACCGAGCACAUCCUUUUCCUGGCGUCCCGAUGACUGUCAUGAGCCUCCAAGGUGAGCAAGAAAUACAGACUAGCGUGGAAUCUCAUUCCGCCCCAAUAACAGACACUACUUCCAUCUUUAGCUAUCUGGGCGCUAAUCUUGCGGACGAUUUCUCUGAGACGGAUAGCCAAGACAGAGAAGAUGGACAUUGCCGCGUUGCUGAUGCCGACCUGCUCCGCAUUUAUGAUCACAGCGAUGCAUACCUUGAUCGUUGGUCAAAUUCUCGCCAGUAUAUUGAUCGGUGGAUGUUAGACGUCUUAACCACUUCAUCCUUGCAAAAGCAAUGGCUAGAAUGUUUUGUGCCCAAAGGAAAUCUUAGUGAUGGAGAAUGGCUGACGCUCGUAACCAAACACUGGGAGUCAACCAGUUCUAAUACCUCGGUCUUUCACACUGGUGACACCACUGUGUCUGAUGAAAGUGUCAAGAAAGAGAUGUCUUCAGGCGACGUCCAACGUCCCUUUGAAUCUUCUACAUACUGUAGCUCAGAUACAUGGCAACCGUCUGGCAGUCCUGUAUUUCCAGAUGGCCGUGUGGCAGAUCACCAAGCUUCGUUCAACAACCCAGUCAAGAUCAGGGCGCGCGACCUUAUUGAUGAUCCGCGGCAUGUUACGUUUAGCAUAGUCCCAUCAAGAUCAUAUUCAGAUCCAGUGAGAGUUAUCUCCGCAGAUCCCAUCACUUCGAACUCAGAACAGCUGUUAAGCGCGGCGUCAACCACGACACAGACCGAAGGUGCGUAUGCACGCUCUCUAUCGAAAGAAACGUCAGCCGCCGGUUCAUAUAUGUCCUCCACUUCUAGAGGAAACUCAUCCGUUUCUACGAUCGAAGCAGAACCCUCGUUUCGAUUCUCGGCUGAAAGACAUGUGUUGCACCCCGGGGGUGACAUUCCAAAUGAGAGAGUAACGAUUCCUUCGUACAUCGAGAUUAAAACAAAGGCGGCCUCCCACGGCGAACAGAGCUCGAAAGAUGAGCUGCAACAUAUGAAGACAUCUAAAUCAAAUCGAUCACUACACACCGACUCGGAGUCCAAUGGACAAGCUUUGAUGCAAAGCAACGCUCAAGAGCAAACAGCAUCAGAACAUGGGGCCAGCAUGGAAGAAGCGGACACUCUUUUGACUCGGCGGCCAUGGUCACAUACACGAUACCCUUUUGCGCCAUUUAUUCGCGUGAAAAGCUCAGAGCCCUGGACUCUUCCCUUGCUACGAUUGACCCCUAUUCCAACGCUAUCAUUCGACGACCUCACAGUCGCAAACCACAGUAGUCGCUUGGAGAACGUUCCAUUUGUUUCUAUUUCCGAUACUCCCUGGCGACUGCCGGGGCCUUAUUCGUCUUGGGUUGCGUGA